CCGAGUUCGCGAGUGCAAGAACGAAUCGUAGUGAAAUGCAAAAGAAACAUUAAAAUAAAUCUAUAGUAUUUAACAAAUUAACCAGUACCUAACAAUAAAUUCUAAAUAUUACUUUAGUUAUAAACAAAAAAAUAAAUAUAAAUUGAUUAUCUAAACCGUCAACCGGUCGGAAAGUUGUGUGUGAAAAAAUUUCUUUGCUUUUCGCUCUCUCCAUGCAUUCGCGCAUUCGUAUCCAGUCCGCGCGGACCUUUCAACCGACAGUAUUUUUUCCCCUCCUUUUUCGCUGCUCUGCACAAUUCCAACGUCGACAAAGCAAUAAUUAUAUUGAAUGAAAAGUUCAAAUCAUAUAAAAAGUGCUUGUGUAGUUAGAUACAAAUACAUAUAUAUAUUGACAUUGAUAUAUACGAAACAGAUCAAAAGUUUAGUGAAAGAGGAAGCAAGUGAAAAGUGCAAAUGUGAAUGUGUGCCGCAAGUGAGGCGAAAAAUGUCCAAACGUCCCCCAAUUGUCAGUGGCUAGGUCCUCGUCGUAGUCGGUCGUUUCGACAUCUUCAUAUUCCUCAACUUUUCGACGUCAUAGUGUGACAUUUAUCAACAUUCGGCAUUGGCGCCUUCUUAUAAUAGAACGCUCAGUUUAACGCGGUAGCAACUUUCUUCCGCUGUGUUGCAAGACGUAUGCUUCGAGUACCCCAGUAUUGAAGUGUCAAGUUUGCUGUGUAUUUGUACUUGCCACCGUGGAAAUUUUUGGCAAACUACCUUUUUUAAAACAGGAUCGCAGAUACAACGAAGUGUUCCUUCAAACCCUGAAAAAUAAUAUUGAAUCAACCGAUUAAACAAUAUAACUUGUAAAUAUAGAAUCAAUUGUAAAGAUUAUGUACACGCUGCAAAUGCAUCAUAAACAACAAAAAAACAUGGAAUGAAAAGUUAAAAACAAAAAAAAAGCACUCAAAACGGAACAGGAACAAUGUGAAUCCACAGCAUGACUUAAUGAAAGUCGAAACUCAGCAAGUCGAAGUGUGAAGGCGGAAGUCGAAAUUCCUAAAAAGCGGGUGGUGAGUGAGGGUGCAACACAGGCCGAAGAAGCCUUACAUUGAAGCGCACCAAUAUCAAACGAUAUGGUAUACGAUGAGCGGCGAAGAACGCAGGACUACAGCGAAGGACUAAAGAAUGCCACCGAUGGUUGUACAUAAGUGUAAUUGCAUGACGCACAAAAACCCGGAUCAGACCGCAUAAUCCCCUACGAAAACGGAGUACAAGAAAGUACAAGUUAAGCAAAAAGUUUAAAGAAAAUAAAAUAAACUCAAAACGAAAACUUAAAAAGUGGUAAACAUAAAACAUACAGCAAAAAAGCACAUAAGUUACAACAACAAAGGCAACCCCGAAAGAAGUGCAACCUGAAAUUACCAUUUAUAGCGCAAAUGUAUGUAAGCACAAAUGGGGACAUUUUGAGAACGCGCACAGCCAACAACGCAUGUCUUCAACAACAACAAGAACAACAACAGCAAGCACCAACUACAACCAAUAUUAACCAACAUUGCCAUCUCACCGUUACUAAAUACUAUAAUCAACCUUGUUUCGCCCGUCUCCGACGUCCGUCAACGUAAUCAGUAAAAUACCAUAGAAGUGACAUUAAGACAGUGACCGCCAGCGUACCUACCGCACACAAACGCAAAUAAGAAUAUACAUACUUGUUUAUAAUAGUAGCUAUAGUACUAGUAGUAGUGGCUGUGCUGCCGCAAACGCACCGUUAUUUGAAGUAAAACAAAAAAUAGCCGCAUUUGCCGAAAAAAUGUUGCAAGACACCAAUAGUAGCGCCAUACAGCCAAAAGUCGUUGUAAUACGACGACGUCCAAAUCAAGGUUUCGGUUUUACGCUGCGUCAUUUCAUUGCCUAUCCACCGGAAGAUGAGCCCUCUUGGCCACAGGAAGCAUCUGAUCCGUACCACCACCAAGUGAAAGCGAUGGAAACCAUUUUCAUAAAAGAAGUUCAAACGAACGGACCUGCUCACUACGCCAACCUGCAGACGGGCGAUCGCGUUCUAAUGGUAAACAACGCACCCAUCGCCGGGCUUGCAUACAGUACAAUCGUGUCGAUGAUCAAGCAAACGCCUUCAGUGUUGACGUUGCAUGUGGUGCCCAAGGAGUGCGAUGUACUGCAGAUGCAUUAUACGAGUAUCGCGCACACACCAGAAACCAAUCGUCUUGCCACAGCGCCACGACCCAUACCAUCGCCCGUGACUGUGGGCAAUGGUAAUGCAGCUGGCGCAUUAAUACCAAUCAUACCAGCUGCUGCAGCGUCUGCGACUGCAUCUGCAUCUACAUCGACAUCGACAACAAAAUCAUUUUCACACCAACAGCAGCAAUUGAUCUCAUAUCCACAGCUGAGUGGUGGUACUAGUGGCGGUGUUGUUGGCGGCGCCGGUGGAAAGGCUAGUCGUUCGGGCAGUGUUACGAGCUCGGGUAGCAGCAGCUUCCGUCCCACAGCGGUGGGGAGCGGCGAGUUUAUCGAUAUGUCAUCGCAGGGAUUGCACCAGCACAACAGCGGCCGUUUGCUGAUACGCGACGAUGGCGGCGGUGCAUUUCUGUCGCGCUCCCAACCGCCGCCCAAUUUGACAGUAUUAUCCCGACAACAACAACAACAACAACAUCAACUCUAUCACACACAAUCAGCUGCAGCGGUCGCAGCCAAUUCCGCCUUCUAUGCGCCCGCUUCGGGUGUCGGCGCCGUUGACACCAGCGAAUUGAUGAUACGCCUACGUGAAUCGAUCAAGCAAAAAGAGGAAUUCCUUAAAUCACCGCUGCCACAUACGCACGCCACGCUGCACAGCGUACCCGCUGUGAGCCACACCGCCCAACAGCAUUUCUUCCCGCCGCACACACCACCGUCGGGCAGCCCGCAAUUGUCUAUGGUGUCGACGACAUCGACAUCGGCCGGUUCAUCAGUGCUGAGCAGCAUAGGUGGCGGCGGCGGGCCGCGUGGUCAGGUGCGUACACACGUUAAGCAACCACUCUCGGCGACAUCCUCAUCGGCGUCGAGCACGCGUGAGCUGUUGCCCGCCAACGUCAGUGCAAUUGAAAUGCAUCAAUACUACGGCAGUGUCAGCAGCAGUGGCAAUGUAGCCAAAAACCACGUUGCGACCACUAGUGGUAGUGGUGGUGGUGGUGUUGGCAGCGUCGGUGGCAACUAUAUUAGCAUGGAGAGUGCUAUGAGUCGUGGCAGUGUGUUGAAUGCGGCGACAAGUGUGAGUGUGAGCGCUGGUGGCGUACGUGCUGUCGGCGUUGAAACGGCGGCCUUGCGACAAGCAGCUGGCAAUGGCAGCGCAAGCAGUCGGCCGAGCAACAACAAUGGCAUGGGUGAUAAAUAUGUAAAGGAUUUGGAUUAUUUAGAAACCCUGCAGGAGACUGGGGUCACCAAUAAAGUCUUCGAACGCAAGCUCGUCUCUCAUCUCGCCAAAGGCUUUGAUCCCUUCCAACCGCUCUCCAUCAACACAAGUGCCUGUGUUGAGCCUAGCGCCACCACAGCAGCAGCUGGCAAUGUGGUGCUGAUAAAGAAACCCACAGUGCUGUACGAAUCGCUGCAACAUCAUCCGUUGCAUCAGCUACAGGUACAACAACUGCAACAGACACAGCAAGCGCAGACGUCACACGCGCCAAUGCAAUUGUCGAAGUUGCAACAGCAUCAGCUACAACAACAACACCAACACGGUAGUGUGGUGGACGGUGUGCAGUAUAGUCGCAUGGAGAUCCACAAGGCCAGUUUGGCUACGACUACCAUCGAUCAUGCGCCGCCUAAUAAAUACACUGGCAAAUUACCGGAAGCUCUUGGAUCAACAACAACAACAACAGUUGCGGUGGCUGAACCGAAACCGGCACUCACUGAUAUCGCCGAAAGCAACGAGGUGGUCGUGGUGCCAGCAAGCAGCCAAGUGGCCACAACUACUGGCACUUCCUCGGCGGAUGGGAGCAGCGGUGCUGCUGUGGUGCGUCGCUUUAAGCCGAUGUCCUCGUUUGACGAUAGCAAACCGAUGCGUCGCAUUUCAUAUCUACGCGCCACUAACAAUGAAACCGAUUACUCAGCCUCGGACACAUCCACUACAUCGUUAACUGGUUUGAAUAGCAGCAGUGCGAUUGGCAUUGGUGCACCGCCACUCAUUGAGGUGACAUCCAAACAAUCGUCACUCGAUGAUGAUGAUGUUGACGAUGACGAUCCUACGUAUGACGUGGUGGCCGGCGAUGAACGCAUACAAAUGCAAACCCCGGCCGAAUUGAUGGCGGCCACGGCGCAGGAGCAGUUGGUGGAGCAGCAGCAACAGCAUUUGAAAGAUAGAGCUAGUGUCACUGCAGAGGCGGCUAUUGUGGCGGCAGUGACGGCCGCAGGUGUUGGUGGCGGUGCUGCAGCGGCUUUAAGUGAAAGUAGACGCGAAUCGGCGAAUAGUGAAAUACGAAAUAGCGUUCACAUUGACGAUGUAAUCGCAGACAUAAAUGGCAAAUUGGAGACAAAGGAUGUGGCUACCGAAAUGGAAGUGUUCGAAACUGAAAUGGAGAUUAAGUCGUCGUGCAUCAAUGGAAAGCGUCUUUCGGAUUAUCGUUCUUGGCGCCAAGUGAAAAUCGAAAUCAAAGGCGAUAUUCUACGCAUCUAUCCCGGUCGUAGUUGUAAGGAGAGCAAUAUGAUAGAACUCGAUAUUAGAAAUUUUAAAAUCUUCGAUGAAUCAGUCGAUAAAAAGAAAUCCUACAUGUUUCGUAUGCAAUCGAAACCAACGCAAAUCGCCACUUUGGGCAAUGAGCUGAAUCUGGAUGAUGUGCCCGACAAGUUGACGUCGUCGGGCAGUAGUGCUUCGACCACAGCGUCACAUAUGGAGCCAACACAUCACCAGCCCCACCAACAACCAACGGAAAUAUUAUUCAAAACGAAAAGCAUGACGGAAAUGAAACGCAUUUUCGGUUUAUUGCAAUGGAAGAAUAGUUUAAUUUAUGACGAUAGUGAUCUUCAAGGCAGGCAAUUGGCUGAGCCGCAGAAAACCGCGGCUAUCUCUAGCAUGCCAACAGCAACAUACUGUGAUGAUAACGUACAACACCAACACCAACACCAACAAUUACAACCAGAAUAUUCACCAUUAAGCACAACAUCACGCGGUGGCGAUUCAGAGAUCAUAUCCGACUCUAUUUCGCCGGUGAUGAAAACGCGCAAAUCAUCUUCACACAAAAAUAUACCCGAUAAAGAUUUAGGUUCACCAAAAGCCAAAAACUGGAAAGAUUUACUGUUUAGACGCGGCGGUGGUAGUAGCAGCCACAAUGCGGACAUUUCGCCAUCAAGCUUAGCUUCUGGUGGCAAGACGACCGGUUCCAUUGGUGUGCCCUUAAAAUCAUGUCCGAUGUCUAAGAACAACGAAUAUGUGCCGCUGUUAGUGGAUGUUUGUACAAAUAUUGUUGAAACGAAGGGUCUCGGUAUCGUUGGCAUUUACCGUAUACCCGGCAAUAAGGCUGCCAUAUCAGAGCUAUCGGAACAGGUGAAUAAAUCGGACUUUUCAUGGGAUCGCUGCAGCACAGACGUCAGGUGGGAGGACGUGAAUGUGGUUUCGAGUCUGCUAAAGCAAUACAUACGCAAUCUGCCCGAUGCUUUGCUACCAUGUUCCUUCUAUAUAAAUUUCAUUGAAGCUGAUAAGAAGACGGGCUUGGAACGUAUAAAGGAGCUUAAAGAGUUGCUUAACACGCUACCGCGCUACUCCUAUGAGACGUUGAAACAUUUAAUACGACAUCUGAGUCGUGUGAGCAAAAAUUGUGAAGUGAAUUUGAUGGAACCGAAAAACUUGGCGAUCAUUUUCGGUCCGUCGAUUAUACGCACACCAAACGAUACGUUGGAGAUCGCUGUGAAGGAUAUGAAACAUCAGUGUCGCAUAGUUGAGUUGCUCGUGACGCAGUAUGACUACUUUUUCGAGAAUGGUCCCUUGCCCGAUCUGGCUGACAUUACAGGCAACACGCCCAUUGCCUCCACCUCCAGCUGCGCUUCCGGUGCACUUCACACCCAAGAGGAUCAGACAAAUAUGUUGCUGCACAAUGUAUCGAAAAUCGAACGACUAACCGAGCGUGAGUCGUCAUCCACAACACGCACAUCCCGUUUCAUUCCACAACUGCGACGGCGUACACAUAGUAAGCGUGGCGCUGCCAGCUCGGAUACCUACUCGGGCGAAAGUGUGUUGGUAAGCGAAAUACAAAAUCUAAAUCAGAGUCACAAUGCAUAUAUGAGUUCGAAUAACAAAAACAAAAACAAACAUAAACGCAAAUCAUUGCAAUCAUCCAUCAACCUCAAUCAAACCAUUACAAAACUCAUUUCCGCACCACACAACAUGCACAACGCCCUACUCAAGUACAACAUAACCAGCACCAAUUCCAACACCACCAACAACAACACUACUACACAAUCCACACCCAAUAUAUGCGUGGCAGCAGCCACAGCGUCCACUAAGCCUUUAAAGCAAUGCGCAACGGCCAGUCGCCAACAGCAGCUGCAGCAGCCGCCACUGCAGCAAAUGCAAAAGCAGCAGCUGCAGCAGCAACGGCGCCGCAAAGCCGUGCCCACAAUUUAUGAUAUUGGGCUAACAUUGCGUGUACAAUUUCAGUCAUUGGAUUCCACCAAAUCCGCUACCACAGCGAUGACCACAAGCAGCAGCUCCACCAAUGCCACCACGGCGUCGUCGAGUAGCGGUAGUGGCGGCAGCAGCAGCGUUACAUCCACAACGCAAAAGACGAAAAAGGAGCGUAGCUUCCUGAUCAAUCAUAGCGGUGGCGGCUUUGUGCGUCUGCACCACCGAAAAGCCAGUCUGGAUGAGAAAGACUCGGGCAGCUGUAGCGGAUCGGGCAGUGGCAGCGGCGGCAGCAUGAGCAAAGAGCAGCAACGCAGCAGUGUCGAUAUAUCGGUGCUGCUCACCGAUGAUGAGUCGAGCAAUAGUCGCAGCGAUACGGGUUCCAUGUCACUGACCACCAUCACCGACACGCUAGACUCGAAAUUGCGCAACUUGCGUAGCGGUUCCGAAUCGAAUGAUGAAAAUGGCUCGCCCGAAUUCCGUAAAAAUCGACGGCACACGCUUGGACAGCCACUGCAUUUGCAUUCUGAAAACAUUCCCUAUGCCGAUGAAUCGCCUGAGCGUCAUUUUCAUUCCUGCCCCUUGGAUGCGCCGAAUGUGCUGAUGCUUAGUCGAUCCUGCACCGCCACCAACACCAUCGCCUCGGCCAAAGCGAAUGAGAGCAAAGAGCAGCGUGUGGCAGCGGUUCUAUCCGCGUACAAAAACAACAAACUACAACAUUCGGCUACAGUGCCCAUUAAUCCCGGUUCGACAACAACGAUUGUGGGCAGCGGCAGUACAACAUCGACGGCGGCAUCAACGCCAACUGCUAUUUUAACGGUAAAAACAACAAAUUUACAAGGCGGUAUCGGCCCUAAUGUGGGCGGUACCGGUAGCGGUGGCAAUUUGGCGCGUAAUUCCUAUUUAGGGCGUGGCACACGCUUUAACAAACAAGUAUACGAGCAACAAUGUUGCUCGGACGAUGACUCAGAGGGUUCGACGACGAGCGAUCCGAAAGAUUCGCUCAUCAUAGCAUCGCCGCCAUUUUUUCUAGAUCGUUACAAUAAAAAGCGACGCGAUCAUCGACUCUUUCGCUCCGCUUCGUUCAAUUGCCGCAACUAUUCAUCAUCGUCGGGCCGACACAGCAGCAGCGGUGGCCAUCACAACACCGGCGGCUCGGCAUCAGCAUUGACUAAGGAUGAAAAGACUGAUAUGAACCUAACGAAGAAGCGACAGAUACAAAACAAACAGAAUCGUUCCAUAAAGCGACGACACACCGUCGGCGGACCGCACGACUAUGUCGGACCCAAUGGCUGUCCGCCAGCGAAUACCAACAAUUGCAAUCAUCAUCACACCUGUAAGGUCACUGCGGGAGCGGGUGGCACUACUACCACCACUACAACUGUGUUGCGACGCAUUCCUAUACCAAGCGCUAAUGGCAACAUUAGUAACAACAACAACAAUAUCAAUGCAAAUCUAACACAAGACGGCAACAAUGGCAAUGGUGGCGGCGGCAGCGGCAGCGGCAACGGUGGCGGUGGCGGUAACGGUGGCAAUGGCGUGGGCGGCGACAAUGCCGGUAGCGCAACAGUGGCCAUGGCAAGCGGCGCGGGCGGCGAGCACGUGCUGGAAGUGGGCAUCCGCAUAAAGAAUAUCAACAGAAGUCGGUAUUAGACUCGUGUAAAUGCGAGUAAAAAGUAAACUGUAACGUGAAGUCGUAAAGUCGAACAGUGCUGUUAGCAGCGCAGCGCAAUUGCAAAAGCAGUUGCUGCAAAAAACAAGAAAAAACACCAAUUAGUUGUUAAGUUCACAAAUAUAAAAAGUCAGCAGCGUUCAUUUAAAUGUGUGUGUAAAAAAUAAGCAUUCUAGUAUUAGCAAGAAAACAGUUAUUAUUAAAAAAAGCAAAAAAGAAAAAGCGCAAAACAACAAUGAACAAAGUGCUGAGGAUAUUUAUGCUGUGUGUCGCGAGUAAAGAGUAUUGCUUAAGAAAUUCCUGCAUGCAUCCAGUAUAUUAAAGAUAGGAUUUAGAACCACUACAUAUUCGAAAGCAGAGAGUUUGAAGAGUAAAAAGGUAAAUUUUGUAAAAUUUUAAUUUUGUAUUUUUGGCUAUUUUUUUACUUUUGUAGAGUAGUCUGUUGAAAAUUAGUAAAUUUAUGUAAAUUAGAUACUUUUUAGCACGAUUUUUAUUACUGAAUUUAAGUAGUCUAGUGUAGCAUUUGAAAUUUUUGGUAAAACAUUUGAGAUUAUUAGUGAAGCGUAGUUUAUACAAAUUCUAUACCAAACGCAUGAUUUUUGUAUUAUUUAAAAUUUAUUUAGUUUUUUAUUCGAAACCUCACUGCGAUAGUUUAGAGUGAUGAAAAUACAUAGUUGAAGUAAAACUGUUAACUGAAAGUGCAUUGUUGCAGAUUUUUGCCUUGAGAAAAAUUAAUACUUAUGUUUUAUAAUAAUUUUUGAAAAACCAAAUGUUUUUAAAAAUUUUGAAAUAUUAAAUUAAAAUUAUUUUCGAAAAAUCAAAAUUUUAAUUUAAAUUUAACAAUAUAGCUAAAAGUUAUCCACAUUUAUUUUCGAAAAAUCCAAUUUUGAGCAAACGUUAAACCAAAAAGCUAGAAAUGAUCCCGAUAUAUAACCUUUUUUCUUUUAAAAAAAUUCGCAAAAAUCUAACUAAAAAUUUUUCGGAAAAGCCAAAAUUUUAAUUGAAAUUUAACAUGUUGUCUAAAAAUUAUCCCCAAUUAUUUUCGAAAAAUCCAAUUUUGAGCUAAAAUUAAACUAUAAAGCUAGAAAUGUUCCCUAUAUACACCCUUCUCGCAACCAUAGCAUAAAUAUCCUUAAUGCAAAAAAAUUAAAAUUUAUUAAACAAAUACAUAUAAAUAUACGAUAUAUUAAAUGUAAACGCACUUAAAAAGAUACAACACCUCCCAACGCCUACACACAAGCCAAGCAACUUUAGUGGUAAAAUUAUAAAUUAAAAAACCAAAAAAUUAAUACAAAAAAUAUUUAUUUAUAGCAAUAUAAAUAAGAUAUUUAAAUUGCAUGGAAGGUUGAAAAUGGAAACUUUUUUUUUUGGAACGAAGUUGUAAUGUGACAAAUCAAUUUGUUUUGUUUUAUAGAAAAUCUAGUUUUUAAAAAAUUUAUUUUUUGGAAAUUUUGUUUUCGAAAAAUUUAGUUUUUGAAAAUUUUAAGUUUUAAAAAAUUUUGUUUUUGAAAUUUUAGUUUUUGAAUAAAUUUGUUUUUGAAAAGUUUAGUUUUUAAAAAUUUAAUUUUUUGAAAAUUUAGUGUUUGAAAAUUUUAAUUUUUGAAAAAUAUAGAUUUUGAAAAUUUUGAUUUUUGAAAAAAUAUGGUUUUUGAAAAUUUUAAUUUUUGAAAAAAUUUAGUUUUUGAAAAUUGUAUUUUUUGAAAAAUUUUAGUUUUUCGAAAAUUUAGUUUUUAAAAAAUUUAGUUUUUGAAGAAUUUAGUUUUUAAAAUAUUUUGUUUCUGAAAAUUUUAAUUUUGAAAAACAAUGCUAAAUAGUUAAGUGAUCUAGCUUAGAUUCUACAGUUCUAGUAGCUAUCAGGAAGAAGAAAAAUGCAAAAAUUAACAACCUGCUCUCUCAAAGAGCGAAAUAACGACAAAGUAAAGAAACGGAAAGCUAACAGAAAUUGGCAAGAAAAUAUACAAAUGUUGUUCUAAUAAUCUUUUCACAAUUCGAAACUAUUAAAAUGCAUAAAAUCAAAGCAAAAGCGUUGCACAUGUAUUUGACAACUGUUUCUUCAUAUGGCAGCAGCUGAUUUCUGCAAGCAAAAUUUGUACCAGGUUGUUGUUGUUGUAGCGGCAGAAUUCUGCCGAGUUGACAAUCCUUGACCGGAUAAAAAAUCCGGGUUCGUUCCAGUUACACAGAUCCGACUGCCGUGGGAACGGAACUAGUAACUAUCUCUGCUUCUUACACUCUCAACUUGUGCUCUUUUCUGCUAGGUCUCUCGUCGUUUUUUUUUAUAUUUCUAGCAGAAUUUUGACUCACUAUUUGAUUUUUUACUUUCUCCGAAGUCAUGGUGCUCUAAGAAAUCUCAUAAGAAUCCAAGCGUUGUUGUUGUUAAAGCGACAUAAAACAUUUUGCGAAUAAUUUUAGAUACAAUUGAGUGAUGCGGUUGAGGUUUUAUUGCUUUACCAAGAAUAAAUCUGGGCACAUUUCUUUCAAGUGAUCUUCAAAAAUACGCGAACGUUUAAGGAAUCUUGGAAAUCUAAGAACAACAACAACAAUAACAAUACUGAGCAAGCCGUCAGAUGGCUACUAUGAUAACCAACUUGAAGCUUGCCACUUAAAUGAGGUUAUACAAUCAUAAGCAACAACAAUAGCAAUCCCAACAACAACAGCAAUCAUAAUAUUAUCAUUGUAGGUUACUUAAUUUUCCCAUUAUAUGCUCCCACCUACUAUCUAAAGAUAAAAACGAUUUGUUUUAAGCUCAUUUUCGACUUGAAUUUUUUAGUUUUUGAUUUGAAUAUAUUAAUUUUCGUUUUUUAAAAUCUAAAAAAAUAUAUGUAUUUAAAAUUAAAAGCAAGUGCCCUUUGACCUAUUUUUUCUCCAUCCGUUUUCCGUUUUUGUCACAUUACAGUUAAAUUCCAUAAGAGACAAAAGUAUGUAGACAACAGCUAUGCAAAACCCAACAAAUAUACAUACAUACAUAUAUAUAUUUUCUGAUGUAUUUUCUUGCAACCCAAAACAAAAAAAAAAAAACAACAAAGUUCGUCUGACUGGCUAGCGGGUGAUAAAGUUGAAAACGUAGCAAAAAACGAUCGAAACGCCGCGAUUUAUUGUUAAAUAUAUUGUUUUGCUAAUUUCCGGUGUUAUUGAAUUAAGUUUUAUGAUUUUUGCGCAUUUCAUUUGACUUGUGUUGUUGUAUUGUUUAAUAAGUUUUCAAUUAAAAAACAUUGUUUUUAACUAAAUUGAUUAAAUAGCAUUUUGUACAUGAUAAUAAAAUUUAAAAAAGUAAAAUUAGCUUUCGCACACACACACACACACAUUAAGUACGGAGAGUAAAAAGCAAAACUUGCGCAAUUUGUAAAUUUGUAGGUUAUGCUCGACGUUAAACGCUUAUUUUUAUAUCGAGAUUUUUUAAUAAUUUGUAAAUGUACAGCGCACGGCAUGGUGGAAAUGAUUUUUUUAAGUAAAAAAUUUGUUGGUAUUUGCUAGGAUAAAAGUUAUUAUGAUUUCAAAAGAGAAAAGUAAGGCAUACAUACUUGUUUGUUUGUAUGCGGCUAAAAAUAUUGAAAUGAAUUAAUUUAAAUUAUACAUACAUUUAGAAUAAAACAAAAAAACCAACUAUUUAAUUGUUUUUAUAUAUUAUUAUUAUUAUUAUUUAAUUAAUAAUUAUUAUUAUUUACGAACCCACGCUCCCCUGUACGUAUGUAUGUAUGUGUAUAUGCAUGUAACAUAAUUAAUAUUUAUUCGAUAAUAAUUAUGUUUGUAUUAAACUAUUUGCAUUGUAUUGUAAUUAUACAUAAAUGAUUAUUUUGAUGAUGAUUGAUUUGAUUAAAAUGCGAUUAAUUUUAAUUUCUGUUAUUUGCUUAUAAAUAAUUACUUAAGUUAUAUAUUUACAAGCCAAAAUUAUGUUUGGUCAAAACAAAAAAAAUAUACAUCUAUAUAUAUACAUAUAUAUAUUGAAAUAUUUGUUGUUUAAAUUAUUAUAUUUGCUGAUUUUUGAGGUUAGCUAUGGUAGGUUAGCAAGCGGUAAGCGAUAAACGGCAGUUGUGCGCGUUAGUGUUAGUAUUUGAAAUGUGAAUUGAAAUGUAAUUGAAGAGAAUUUAUUUGCGAACAUUUUGUGCCCCCAUUUUUGGAAAGUUUGUAUCGAAAUGGCGUUACAAGCGCUGCAAGUGACACAGUAGAAAUUGUAUGUAGCUCGAUAUACCUAUAAUAUAUACAAAAACACACACACACAUACACAGAAAUUAUAUAUGUAUUUUAUAAAAAGUAUGUACAUAUAUAUAGAUACAUAUAUAAAUAUAUAUAUAUAUAUAUACCAUAUAUAUAUUUACCUACCUAUUUACCUAUAAAUGUAUGGAUUUAUUUUGUGUAAUUACUUAUACAUAUACAAUUAAAUGAAAUAAUAAAAGCGACAAACAAAAACAUAAAAAUGAACCCACACGAAAGAUUUUCCAACAAAAUAACUGUAAAGCGUUGAAAACAAAAAUCAUGAAUUAAAAUGCAAAAAGCAGUGAAUUCGCAAUUGAAGUAGUUUACAUGAAGAAAGCCUGAAGGAAGUCUCACAUACACACAAACAUACACACACACGCAUCAAUAUUAUCAAGAGUAAAUAAACAGAAAUUACAAAUUUAGAAAUGAAACAA